AUGAAUGAACAACGUGAAAUCGUAAAAGCAAACUGGUUACAGCAUGUAGUGCAUAAAAAGGGUGGCACUUUACAUCGUAAAAAGAAAAUUUUGUAUGAAGAAGGGAAAUGGGUCGUACUAUGUGUUCACAGUGAUCGUAUACCACUUUUGGAAUGGUACUUUUCGGAAGGAUUCAUGCAUGGACAUAGACCUUCGAAGGUAAUCGAUUUGUUACAUUCGUCUUUUGUAAGAGUCACCAUAAGUGACCCAUCCAGGCGCAGUUUCAUGAUUGGUUUUAUGGACUGUUCACGUGAUGCCAUUGAACUUUCUGCUUUGACAAUAGAAGAUUGUGAUGACUGGAUUUGGUCAAUAACAUCCACACUCGUACGAUUAAAAUGCCUGACGGAAUCUACAAAUCUUUAUAUUUCGGUACCUGAUUUUGCAUCUGAAUCAUCUGAAACAACCGAGCAAUUUAUUUAUGAAGAUGCAGGUCUUGAUGAGGUGCCUAAAGAACUGGCGCCGUCACUGCCAAUUUCUACUCCAAGGAACCCUGAGUACGAACGCAUUAGAUUUCUAUCAUUGACAACUCAAUCAUGUAGGAUACCAUCUUUACCUCGUACGCUGAGCACUGAAAAGAAAAAGGUGACGAAUCAUGGGGUAAUGAAGACUCCACCUCCGCUUCCACCCCGUAAUAUUUUGUCCUCACAAGUUCAAGUUCUCGAAAGUGGUGCAAAACGUUUUUCAAUAUAUGAUAAUCCGAAAAAUCGUGCAUCCUCAUCAUUUGGAGAUUCAUUGAGUGUGGAAGGACGUCCAGGAGAUGUUUCAGUUAUUCCUCAAAAUUCUCUUUAUAGCAGUUUGGAGGUACCUACAUCACUGGACACUGAAAUAGCAGCACCAAUAAGUUUGUGUUCCGAAUCGAUGAAGCGUGGUUAUUCUGUCCCAGCUGGAACCUUGAAUGUCACUAUAGCUCAUUCAGGUCGAAUUACUGGGAAUGAUUCGUUCUUACUCGAUUAUGACGCACCUUCUGGAAUGAUUAGUCGGAUCUCGCCAGUCACGAGCACUAUGGUGCAAAAAGCUCAUUCAGCUUGUGAAAGGAACAACAGUGAAAUGUUAGCUGAAGAUCAUAACCAUUCACAGAUCAUCAAUAAUAGUGGUAUUUCAAAUGGUUUGAGAAAUCUAACAGUGCAACCCUUCAUAUGCAUGCAGCAUAUUGCUUACGUGGAUUUCGGCGGGAAAGUAUGGCUAACGGGUUGGACUGCAGUAGCUGAGAAGUAUCUUGCCGGCCAGUUGUUCGUUGGUGAUCAACUUGUACGAAUUGCUGAUGUUGACAUAUACAGUACACAACAAAUUCCAUUCAUUUUCAGUGCUGCAUCAAAGACGGGAUUAUCGAUAAAUAUUGCCAUCCAGCGAGUGCCUCACGGGACAAUCUACACACUGCACAAAACGAAACAAAAAUUUGAUGCGGGCUUGAUUUUGAAUAAACGUAAAAUCAAACUGGCUGAUGUGCUUGAGGGGUCACCAGCUUGGGAAGCCGGUAUCCGGCCCUCAGUUCCUGCAGUUACACGAACAGGCACAACUCCUGCUUGCAUCACAUGUAUAGACAGGCACGCUUUGAAUAUAUUUUCAAAAGAUGAUGAAGUAUUCAGGCACAUCGAUACUUUACCUUUGUCUGUUUUCACUGUCGUGGUACAACCGUAUGACUUUGUCAAGUUUUUGAAGAAAAGUUUAAAGAAAUUUAAAAAUGUCAGCGAUUUCGUUCGCUGAUUACUUCAUCGUAUUUUCAAACACGAUCAGUGCAUUAAUUGCUCAGUUUCCGUCCAUGUGUUAUUUUCUUUCAGUUAUUUUUUGAAUUGUAAAUGUGAUUGUAUUGAUUUUAACAGGUAUAUAAAGGCUUGAAAAAUGGAGACUCGAAGUGAAAAAGAAGUCUGCUUUAGCUGUGAUUUUUGGAAUAAUUCUAGUAAUGUCAGCUAUCGUUUGAUGAAGGAUGAU